CGACCAGCACCAACGCACCUCCUCGCCUGUCUUGAGUGCCCUGCCCUCCCAGCCACCUAUCCGUCAGCCGCCUUCGAUUUGAUACUCUUCCACCAUGGUUAUGCAGAAAGAUCAGCUCAUUGUUUUCGAUACCACUCUGCGCGACGGCGAGCAGUCCCCCGGCGUCACCCUUAAUGAGGACGAAAAGGUCGAAAUCGCCCGCCAGCUCUCGCGUCUCGGAGUCGACAUUUGCGAGGCCGGAUUCCCGAUCGCAUCGCCCGGAGACUUUGCCGCUGUCAAGCGAGUCGCCAAAGAGGUCGGCCAUCUGGUCGAAGGCCGAAAGUCCGGCAAGCCCAUGGUGAUCGCUGGUCUUGCUCGAGCAGUCCACGCUGACAUUGCCCGGUGCUACGAAGCCAUUAAGGAGGCACCCCUCCACCGAGUCCACAUCGUUCUGGCGACCUCGGAUCUCCAUCUCGAGUACAAGCUCCGGAUCACCCGCGAGCAGUGCAUUGAACGAGCCGUCUCGGCGGUCACCUACGCCCGCUCUCUCGGCUGCACCGAUGUCGAGUUCUCCCCCGAAGACGCUGGACGCACCGAUCCAGAGUUUCUGUGCACUAUCCUGUCCAAGGUCAUCGAGGCCGGUGCCGGAACCCUCAACAUUGCCGACACCGUUGGCUACAACAACCCCGAGCAGUUUGGCGGUCGCAUCAAAUACCUGAUUCAGAACACCAAGGGCGCCGACCAGGUGGUCUGGUCUGUCCACUGCCACAACGAUCUCGGAAUGGCCACAGCAAAUACCCUUGCCGGUGUCCUCAACGGCGCGCGUCAAGUCGAAGUCACCAUCAACGGCAUCGGCGAGCGAGCUGGCAACACUUCGUUUGAAGAAGUCGUCAUGGCCGUCAACACACACCCUGAUUACUUCCCAGUUCACCACCUGAUCGACACCCGGCAGAUCUAUCCCACCUCCCAGUUGGUGAUGAAACGCACCGGCGUCAGCGUCCAGCCCAACAAGGCCAUCGUCGGUGCCAAUGCCUUUGCGCACGAGAGCGGUAUCCACCAAGACGGCGUCCUCAAGAACAAGGCUACUUAUGAAAUCAUCGAGCCUGAGCUGAUUGGCCGCACCGCCCAGUCGCUGUUCUUGGGCAAGCACUCGGGCCGGAACGCCUUCCGCACUCGCAUCGAGGAGCUCCUCGACAACGUCGUCUACGCCCACCACUUCCAAGGCCACCCUGAGCUCCUCAACACCCUGUUUGAAAAGUUCAAGGUCCUUGCCGAUUCCAAGAAACAUGGCGUCUCGAACGAGGAUUUGCUCGCCCUCCUGGACGAGGAGCUGCACAUCAAAACCUCGGGCUCGGAAAAGUACAAGCUCGCGGACAUGCAUGUUGUCUCCAACACCCGGGGCCAUGCAACUGCCACAGUCUCCAUCAGUAUCAGUGCCAACGAUCCAGAGGCCGACAGCGAGGAGCCCAGCUCCGAAGAGGCCACCGACGCCGCCGUCGGAAACGGCCCCAUCCACGCCAUCUUCAACGCCAUCAACCGCAUCACCCAGUGCAACAACGCCCUGGUCUCUUAUGAAGUCAAGGGCGUCACCGAGGGCUCCGACUCUUUGGGUCGGGUUAUCGUGCGCAUCCACAGCUUCGACGCCAAGGCCGCCAGCCAGCCUCCCAAGCUUGUUGCUGACGACUCGUUUGCCUCGGAUGAUCAACCGACGCUGUACCAGGGCCAAGGCACGGACCAAGACAUCCUGGUCGCAAGCGCCAAGGCAUAUAUCAAUGCCAUCAACAGAAUGGAGGCUGCCAGAUCCGUGGCAGCCGAAUCAGUCACGCAAGUGAGCCAGCAGCCGGUGCGGGUCAACCUCUGAUCUGAGUAGCUACACUUUAUUCAGAAAACGGGACACAC